AUGCUGGAAUUUCCGCUCCACGAUGGUUUUUUUCCACAGAUUACACUUAGUCGAGAAGAAGUGAGAUAUUAUAAGCGAUUGGGAAAAGAGCGCGUAACGCAGUUGAUUCGGAUUAUUGAAGAUGCUGAUUGUGCGUAUAAGUGGAAACAAGUGAAUGAUUUUGGACCUGGAAGACCAAAAUCGCGUGUUUUAGGCCUUCGUUUUGACACAAAGGACGAAGGAUAUGUACCGUGCCAACAAGCAAGUUUUUUGGAUAUUCAACCAAGUACGAAGUCAACACAAGCAUCCACAUUACUUCAAGCUAGUGUUCAAUUGACGAAUACAACAGUGGAUGAAGUCUUGUGCGCAGUCGCUAAAGUGAAGACGAAAGAUUUUCGAAAAAGUGCUCAAUACAUGCACGGGGAUACGUUUGUGGACGGUAGGACGUUAUUUACUUUUCCUACCACUUCAUCUCAAUCUGGCGCUACUACUACACGUAAAAGACCGUCAUAUUCGUAUCGUGCCAUUAAAUGGCAUGCAUAUAAAACCCGACGAUCGCGUCAUGGAGAAGCUGAGAAGUUUCUGGAUUUUUGUUAUUUAGAAUACGCCGGCAAGAAAAAGCCUUAUCCUGGCUCAAAUGUCGUAGGCUUUUGCAUCCAGGAAUCUAUCUCAAGAGAUCGUGAGGUCCCGACAUUAGAGAACUUUGGUAUUGCAAGAGGAUAUUUGUCACGAAUGGGUAUUAUCGUGUCAAGAACGCACCAGCCAAAUACAUUAAAAGUCACUUCAAUCUGUCAGAUUGAUGGAGAUCUCAGUCCUAUUGUACGCCGAGUUUUAGAAGAGUUGAUGAAAAAGACUGUGUGUGCAGUAGCUCGAAUCUCAGGACUUGUAGCUCGACAACGUGUGAGUAGCUUGCAAUUUGUUGAGCAGUGGCAAUGGGUACCUAAUUCGGAUCGUAAAGCCUGUUCCGUAUGUCUACGUGGCUUUUAUUUCCGUCGUAAACACCAUUGUCGAACGUGUGGAGAAGUCGUGUGCUCAUCCUGUGCAUUACUUCGGGAAUUGGAAGAACCAAUUUUUGAAAUCACGCAUUUAAGAGUGUGCUCUGCCUGCAUGACAAGUGCUAGCGCACAUCACAACGUGGCGGCUGGAAGCGCCAUUGGAACAGGAGACGAGCCUGCUUCGUCUACUUCAAACGACACCGAGUCGUAUAUUCGCGGUCUUCGUAGUCCGCAACAUAAUUCGUACGAAGAUGCUAUCUUUCAAUUGCGUGAAUCACGUGAUCGUGACCGUCGACAGAGUGAUUUGGCCAGUGAAGUGCUAGAACGAUCCGGUACGGAUCGAAAUCUAGCGAUUUUACCUCCUCCACGUGUUGUAAGUCCACUGAAACGUGGUCAAGACAAAUUGAUGGCACUCACAGAAGUUGUGAGUCAUAUUCGCCAAGUACGUGAUACAAUUAAUUUAACAAUGUCGAAAGCAGCGGAUGGAGAGCGACAUGAUGACUCUAGUGACGGCACAGAAGAGUUUAACGACAUGUUCAGUGAAAUAACGAGUAUUCGCGAUGUGCUUGAGAGUUCUGUCACGAAUUUCGAUGCUGCAUUGGCGAAUGCGACGAAUGCCGCACCAGCCAUGUAUUAUUCGGGUCCAAGUGACCGUAGUCUCGACUCAUACCAAACACAUGAACAAACACAAGAUGUUCCAAUGACUCGUGAUCAAUUUAACUCUGUCGCACGUAUUACCUUUGCAGCAGCAAAAGCUACAAGACAAGCUGGUCAAGCUUUUUUAGCGGUCGGGGGGCGUCAAACUCACGCACCUUCUCGCACGAAAAAGAACAAAAACGAGUGCGACGAAGUGACAUCUGUGAGUUCAGUAAGUGUGAGUGAUAUAACAGGGUGCGAGAGCGAUGAUGAAGACCCGGAUCCAUAUUCGGCAUCCAAUUACGAGAAAAUCAUGGCAACGUAUCAGCUUGAGAACGUUGGCUCGGACCAUGAGGAUGAAGACGAGCGACAUUAUUCUCACCGUUUUGUCGACUCGGUGCGCCGCACAGCCGAAAUUUAUGAGCUCGAGAAAAAAAUUCAGGAUUUACAGCGCAGUCUACAAGCCGCACAGCAAAAACUCGCUAUGAUCGAUCGGGAAGAACCUGAACCGGAAGCGAAAUCACGACAGAGAUUGGAAGCUGUGCGGGAAUGCUCGGCACAGAUUGAAAUUGAAAGCGUUUUUGAAAUCUUUGGCGACCGUGACGAAGACAACAGGUCGAUGCUGGACGAUGGAACCUCCUCUAGUUCUUCCGACUUUGGACCUUUGUCGAUGCCGUCAGAAAACUCCAUAUUGAAUGAAGUGACGACUCAAGAUCUUGUAUCUGAACUUCGUGGUGUCAUGGAGUCUAGUGAGAUGCCCAUGCGAGCUAGUGGUACAUCACAAAAGUUGCUGAAUAAGUCGUCAAUAUCUCCACUACCUCCCCUAUCCAACUAUCCUACAGUCACCAAUGCUCCUUCGAUCCCACCUUCUUCACCACUAAAGCCACAAAGCUAUUCCUCACGCCACCCUUUACUUGCACAGCCCACCACUAAGGUAUCGGUUGGAUUCAGUGACGAGAGCGCUAUAAGUGCUAAAAAGAGCACCAUACCUAGUCCAUACGACCCAUCCGUGGCUGGUACAGAAGAGUCCUACUUGCAAGCACUAGGGACAACGUACGGCGACGAUGACUACGCUUCAGAAUCAUCCGAGGAAGACAGUGACGAAGAUACUUUCGAUAAAUUGUCGCUACUUAGCAGUCAAGAUUCUCCUGACUCUCAGUUUGAGAAGAACGAAAAUCCCGAAACGCUUUUCGUGGAAGAAAACCUCGAAGUUCUGCUUCAAAAGCGAAAAGCAGUGGCAAACGAUACGCCUUCUCCCCAACAUUCUGCGAUGCCGUCUUCUCCUUUUGCUCCUGUUGACAGAGAUGAACGUGACGAGCUUCGAGAGCUUAUGGCUGGACUUGUUCGACCUCGUAGCUCAUCCGUCCCGUUCCAGUCUGGCCAAAUGGGCGGCGUUUCGUCCGGUGAAUCGUUGCAUGAUUUUAUCGAUCCAGUAUGGAGUGACGAAAUUCCUGACCGUAAGCCAACAGCCCAUCGACUAAACGAAGCUGUUCGUGAGGUCCGUUCGUGCCUCGCAAGCUGUCGUUGUGAGUGUCCGUCCGACACGGAACGAGCACGUAAACUCACCUCAAUUUUUAAGGUGCUGCGAUCUCUCCAUCGCGAAGGCGUGCGUUCCAAGUUCCGUACGCUUCAGCACGAUGAUAUCCGAUACUCGAAGGUACUUAAGGCGACUCCCAGUAUUAUAAAGUUACUUAAACUCGCUGGAUACGUGUCGUUGCACCAAAAACUUACAAUGCGACGAGUGGAUCAGGAUUAUCUCGCUUUGAUUUUACGAGAGCUGGAGCAAGAACUUCAUGUUGCUGGGUAA